AUGUGCCCACCUGAACACACAAAACGAGCACCAACAACACAACCUGUGCUUUCUCCCGAGUCAUCAACUAGCGGUGAUCUAGAUGGGAGGGACGUGCUUCCAGCUCGACGGAACAGACUCCUGAUUAGACAGUUGACCCUAAAGCCUGAGCCACGAACCGUACUUGGAGUUUCAUGGGUAGUUUGGGAGCCCAGGAACAGCAAGCAGGCACUGCAAUCGCUUCGGCAAUGGCGAAAGAAGCAGACAGCUGAAGAGACCGAGGUUCCGGGCCCCACGAUGGCCCCGGGUCCCGAGCGACCCUGGCGUGGGAACCGCUGGAGGCUCUCAAAGAAGAAUCUCCCAAGCUGUGUGGCGACCUGGCAUGCGUGGAUGAAAAGCAUGGACGCAGAGGAGUUUUUCGACACCGUCACCAAGCGCCCUGAGCUGCUGCCGGCCUACACAGAGGCCGCCCAGGCUGAGGGCAUGGCCGGCGAGGGCAACGAGGUUUGCUUGGAGACAGCGGAUUUCCUGGAGCGGCUGCACUCGGAAGAGGGCAGCAGGCCUUGGAAGAUUGUCGACCUGGGCUGCGGUGAUGCAGCGCUGGCGAAAGAGAUGAGGCAGCGUCGCCCCGAUCUGGAGAUGACCUGCGUGGAUGCCGCACGCCUGGCGCGGGGCGUCGUGGUGCAGAACUUAGCAGCUCUGCCCGACGACUGGGCCGCGGCCUUCGACGUGGCCGUGCUCUGCCGCGCACUGUGGAGCCUCGACUAUGAGAAGGUGCUGUCGGAAGCACAUCGGGUGCUGAAGCAGUCUCCCGAUUCGCGUGUGCUGGUGGUAGAACCAAUCAAGCGCUGGUUGGAUCGAUCCAAGGACGGCGGGCCCGAGCAACCCAACGAGCUGAUCCAAGCUUUGCAGAGGGCGGGGUUCUACAUGCUCCGGGCCGAGAAUGUGCGCUUCGAGGAGGGAGGCGAAGAGGAGAAUGGGACGAAGCGCGUCUUUCAGUUCCUCUGGGCCUCCGCGGUGCCACCCUAG